UCCAUAACAAAUAGGUUAGUUGAUUAUUCAGUGCAGUUUUUUUAUAAGUAAUAAUUUCGUGCUCCGCAGUUCCUAAGUGUUUUUAAAUAAAAAUGUCGAAUAGUCAUUUGUUUCUCAAGUCUGGAUUUCCACGUGCACCGCUACAAAAUGGUUUAGGUCGCUAUGUUUGCCAAUUGCAGCGUGUUACAUUAAAGUUCUGUAAGAACAAUGGAUCCAGCCGGGGCAUGAGAGAAUUCAUUGAAAACCAUCUGGUUGACUUUGCCAAAGAGAAUCCCGGUGUAGUGGUUUAUGUUAAACCACGCCGUCAUCGUGGACCGGUACUAGUUGGUGAAUAUCUAAAUGGCGAACGUGAAUGGCUUAGCUGUCGCAAUGCCACUAAAGAUGACAUUUCCAAAUGGCUUCAACUGUUGAAAACACAGAAUGGCAGUUCAAGUUCACUGCGCUUACGUAAAAUGUGGCAUACCGAUAUGCCUUCAAUACAGGGUCCAUGGACGCCUUUUACAUUACGCGCACCAGAGGCCAAUGUAACAACAUACCCCAAUGCAGACGCUUCACGUCCGCUCGAUGUGGAACCAUCGGCCACAGAUAAACUGAUUGAAUUAUUUAAAAAACAGCGUCUUGCUGAUAAAAGUAAAUCCACAGAUGAGGUAUUGGAAGAAAAACGUGCUGAAUAAUAAUGUAAUUAAAUAAUACAAAAAAAUAUAGAGUUUAAAGUGUUGAAA